ACCUGUUGCGCAAUCUCCAGAUGAGCUGAGUCUCAAGGUACUGAAAAUGUCUCAAGCACAAAAAAGAAAAUUCCGCGUGGGCUCAACCGAAGACCCAGAUGAUGAGGAUGAGGAUGUGGAUGUGAAGAAGCCAUGUACAUCAACUCAAGAUGGAAGAGCACUGGACACACCAGAUACAAAUGUGUCUUCACUGUUGUCACUACCUGGCGCACCAGUUAUUGAAAUAGGAGAAUAUGGUUUGAAUGUCAUAGAUUCUGGUGCAUUAGGCGUCACAGUCAUUCAUACAGAUGGGCGUGUCCAGCCAUCAGGAGUGAUACAUCAAAGUGUACCAUCUGAAAUGAUGGGGGAACAGCUUGGACCAAAUGAAGUGAUGCAUCAGCAGCCCGAGUCACCAGGAGUGACGCAUCAGCAGCCCACAUCAUCAGGAGUGACGCAUCAGCAGCCCGCAUCAUCAGGAGUGACGCAUCAGCAGCCCGCAUCAUCAGGAGUGACGUGA